AUGGGUUGUAUCUUGUCUCAAUGUGAGGACGAUGGAAAUAUAGAAGAAACUGUCGAGAAAAAGAGUGAGGAUGAUGGCUUUCCCGAGGAAAUCGCUCUGAUUCGUCUUCGUGCAAAAAGUGUUCAUUUUGCGACCGAAGCAACUCUCCACCUCAUUCCAUACAAAUGGCAAGAGGACAUGACUCAGGAGAUCGAGCAGGAGGACACAGAGAGCGAGGGAAGCAUCACUAACUGUGACUAA